AAGAGAGUAGGUGAGUUGUGUUUAGUCUCUUUGCUAAAGAAAUGAGUCAAAGCUAAAAAGAUGUUUGGUGUCUAGUACUAUGUCUGUGACCCUAUAUGUCCUGUUGAUGAAGUUAGGUGCUGUUCUGAGCAUUAUUUGUGGCUAUAGAGUGGCGUUUUGGUUGGGGGCGUGGCUCUCUGUAUUGCUAUCCUGCGGUCAUUAGUAAAGUUGGUAUGACUAGAGAAGCAAACGGUCGACAACAUUCAUCUCUGGAGGGGGGGUCUGACUCGGUGUUUGACCCUAAAUCAAUUUGACGCUAGCAUAUCCCUUUAAGAGUUGAUCACAGGUUUAGGGAUGUUCAGACGGUACGUCAGCUCUCAUAAUUGUUUUUUCAGAGUUGUAUUAACAACACGAUUAAAACACUUAUUAAAUAAUUAAUCGUAGAGCCAGAUUAUCUACGCCGCCUGCUUUUUUCUUCAGAAUCAGAAGCGCAGAGUUAAGUUUAGAUUCUUGGUACAAACGGUUUUAAGUUGGUAAAAUAAAAUCCAGUGUUUGAUCCGGUUUCCUCCCGGCGUUCAGCCUGUAUUUAUUAAAUAAAGGUGUAAACGGCGCUCUGAACCUUCAGAUGGAUGUACGUACGACUCCACCCCCCCAGUGCCUCAGGUUCUCCACAGACGCUCGGCUCGCCGCCUCGUUUCCAGAUGGAUUCGGAGUCUCUGAAGACGAGCGUGAACGCUGGACUCUCCUCCAAACUCGGACCCGUCUCCUUCAGUUGUCGUUGGACCAAAGGUGUUUGAAUGUGACUGACCCGGUGGUGUUGUUGGUGUUUCUGAUGGUUUUCUUGCACUACACUCAGUCUAAAUGUAAGCUGACUCCCUCUUCAUCUCAGAGACAUUCCUACAUCACGUAUAUUCACCACUUUUAUAACAGUUUCAUACGUGUCUCGGUGUCUUUUGGAGGUGAAUAAGUGUUAAUUUAUACUUGUAAAUAUGUUUUUUUUUUCAUGUGAUAUCUAUCUGGUGCUCAUGUUUGGCUAACUAGCUUCAGAUCUGUGCAGCCUGUGUGCCUCUCUGACGUUUUCAAGCUAUUUCAAAUAAACCAGAAUGAAUAAUCACC